AUGUCAUUGUUUAAAACAAAAGAAUGGUGGAGAACGAAAUGUGGAUCUAACGAAACGUACGAUCGAUCGAGUCUACUCGUGGUUCCUUUAUUUGGCGAGGAUAAAAAGGAUUGCAUUGUCACCGGCAGUCAUGAAGGAUAUUUAAGAAUCUACAAUUUAUCAUCUCAAUGGGAUGAUGAAACUAAAUCAUCAACAGGUUACAAAUCAAUCGAUCUUAUGAUUGAAACUAAAAUAAGUGAUUGCAUUGUCGACAUAAAGGCGGGAAAAUUAGUGUCCGGGUCACAAGAUUCUUGUCUGGCGGUAUUAACAUCGAGCAAGCUCAUCGUUUACACGGUUACAUUGACGAAAGGAUCUAUCGAUCAAGGUGAUCAAUGCAAUCUCAAAAUUGCAUAUGAACACAGACUACCAAGAUUUCCAGCAUCUCUUGUAAUUGGUCCAUUUGGUGGUGUACGUGGUAGAGACUUCCUAUGCGUUCAAUGCUUGGAUGGAACGUUAUUCUUUUACGAGCAGGAGGCUUAUGCCUUCAGUCAACUUCUGAGGAAUCGUCUGUUGCCCGAACCGAUCGUUUACAUUUCGCGGAACGACGUCUUCGUCACAUCGAAUUGCUCGUGGAUCCUCGAAUGCUACAGGUAUCAAAACAUAGCAGAGUUUGGAAGAAACCAAAAAAACGAAGAAACGGAUAACGAAACAGCAACGAAAUCUUUGGAACCAGAAUGGAGUUACAAUAUAGGAGAAGCUGUAGUUGAUAUCAAUGUUGUUAUCUUGAGUAGUUUCGAGAUCGGGAUCGUCGUUCUCGGAGAGAAAAAUCUCUACUGCUUCAAGGAUACCGGUGUUUCGUUAAAGUACACAAAAAGGCUCGACUACAAAGCACUAUGUUUUCACGCUUACGUCAUUGAACCGGAUGGUAAACUGAUGGUGUGCGUAAUUGCCGAUACAAGCACCUUGAUGAUUUACGAGGGUACUACUCUGAAGUGGUCGGCUCAGCUACCGUUCGUUCCGGUCGCUGUAACUAGAGCACAUUUUCAGUACCUGGACGGUUUAAUCGUUAUACUCUCGGAGGAAGGACAAUUGGAAGCCUGUUAUUUAGGUUCGGAACCUUCAAUGUUCGUAGCACCGGCUGUUCAUCGACGUGGUUUUGAUUAUGUUGCCGCCGAAGAGGAAUUAUUAGAACUACGUAGGAAAUUAAAGGAGAUGAAACUUUCUGGAGAACAACUUGCGGUCACACCUGUAACGGAUAUGGAACUGCUCGUUAAUGUCAACAUUUCACCCGAUCUGGAGCCUUGUCCUUUCGUCGAUAAAGAAUCGAAAGAGGAUCAAGAGAUACGACAAGUGUCUAUGUGCAGGGCAACCAUAGAAUUGUCCUCUUACACAACUCUUUACGGUGUGCAAGUUUGCAUCGACGUGUCGAAACCAUUCGUCUCUACGAUCACUUAUCGCGUCGUUCAAAAUCUCUGCGACAAACACGUUAUUCAAACGUUGAUUUAUCCGAACGGUAAUUUACCGAUUAUGUCAUCCGAAGUUAAAAUCACAGCAACGUACGAAAACGAUCGUGGGAAUCUUCGAAUAAUACAAAAGACAACGGAAUUGCCCUUAAAAUUAAUGUUGAAAGCUUGUCCCCCCGAAAACACUUCUACCUUCACGGUUACCAUAAAGUGCAACGAAUCUCUUGUCGGUUUCAAUCAACUCUUUCCGGAAUUUACCGGAGACCACCUUAGAAGGCAGAAUUGGAAUACGUUAGGUCUGCAACAUAUCCAAACUGGGCACGUGGUGACAAUCGUUUCCGGUAGUACAAGCAACCGAUAUCGAGUGCAGUCGAACGACGGUCUAUCGAUGUCCUUGGUGGUACAGCAGUUGGUUAACAGGCUCAAGGACAAGUCGGCAGGAAGGCUCGCAGCAUCCAUAAGCCAGCAUCACGUGCAACUGGUGCACGUGCAGAUGGAACUUCACUUUCUAUGUCGGCAGGAAGUUGAUCGAAUAAACACGGAAUUAGGUUUGCUGAUGACCCAGUUGAGAAACAUCGAGAAAAGAAUGUUAAGAACUGCGAGGGAGAGGAAUGGCCGAUCUUUAAAUGCUGCAGGAUUAUCCUUCCUUUUAAACUCGACUUACGAUGCAAUCUCCGGACUCCUUGAUAAUCUUGCUGCAGCACAAAUGAAACGAGAGCAUGCCAGGCAUGGUUUGCACUGCGCGCUGAGGUUGCUGCUCCUGCUCUUGCGGCUUAACGUAAAUAACGAUAAGUAUAUGAUUCUGGAGUCGGCGAUCGGAUUCGAAGCACAGCUGCGUGACGAAGUUAAUUGGGAAGAAGUUGCGGACGCUGGACUGGCUGCAUUUUUAAGAUCCACCUCAAAGAAACCGUCCAACUUGGAGAGCAAAUCUUUAACUUGGAACAAAUUUACGUCAAUGAAAGAUAUAGCGAAGUUAAAGAAACGCUUGACACAUGCUGUGGAACGAUUAGAUGUUUGUAAAGAGUCCGGUAUUGAUGAGAAUGAGACCGAGAACGGUAAUUUUAAUUUCUCUUAAUCACAAAUCACCGAAUCUCGACUUAAC